AUGAAUUUGGGAGCACUUAUAAAUGAGAAGAAUGUUGAAGGACAAACGCCUCUGCAUCUGCUUGCUGAUUCCCAGCUGAGAUUUCGUUCAGAUUACAUAAGGAACAAGAAAGUAGAUAAGAUGGCACUUAACAACCAAAACUUGACUGCUUUAGACAUAAUUUCAUCGACCGAGGAUUUAUUUGGACGAAAGGCUGGUAUUGUACGGCACAUGAAACGGGCCAAAGCUAGAGUUGGGCCUUUGUUGCGGCAGAAGACUAUGAGCGAAAGCAAACGUAAGAAAGGUUUAGAUGUAUCUUUCUUAAAGAAAGCAAGUGAUAGCCAUAUGCUAGUGGCCACACUCGUAGCCACUGUAUCCUUCGCAGCAGGUUUUACACUGCCCGGCGGGUAUAAUAAUAGUGACGGCACGCCCAUGUUAAGAAAAAAGCUAGCUUUUCGAGCAUUUGUUAUAUUUGAUUUCGUAGCCCUGAUGUCGUCUGUGACCGCUAUAUUGUCUCAUUUUUAUGGUGCACUGAAUCACAAAAAGGCGCAGCUCGCAUCAUCACUAAGGCUCGCCUAUUGGUUCACCAAACUUAUUCAUUGUGGCACGGCGUGGAAUUCACCGUUAAGAAUGCCCAAGCAAGAUUAUGUUGGAAAGUACGUCUGA